AUGAACUUUGGGAUAGGUUCAUCCUAAAUUGACCCCUUGAAAUACGGAACAACCAACGACAGCUUCCUGGAAGGAGAUAGUUUCUACCAUUUUGUUACAUAGGGAGGAAGUGUAAUAAACUCUUUUGGUUCCUAUAGGAAGUCAACUUCAUCGUAAGCUCGAAAACCUAGGCGUUGAACGUCCUUGUCAGGGUCAGCUACUCUGGAGCCGGCUGACGCAUAACACCGGCGAGACAAGACCCAUUGCACAUGGCGACAGGAGCAGCUCGGAGCGGCUUAGAUCCAUUAGCGGCGGAGUCUCAGGUGGAAGACCCCACCCUAGAACGGUCGUUCAGGGGACAUAAGGAUGCUGUUACAAGCGUCUGCUUUAACCACAACAUGAAGCAGCUGGUUUCGGGGUCCUUGGACAAUUGUGUUAUGGUAUGGAACUUUAAGCCGCAGCUCCGAGCCUACCGCUUCGCAGGGCACAAGGCUGGCGUGUACUCGGUUGCCUUCUCCCCGACCCACGCGCUCAUCGCCUCAGGGUCCAAGGAUCGGACCGUACGGUUAUGGCAGCCCACCGUGGAGGGCAAAUCCACGGUGCUGAAGGCUCACACGGGCACCGUCCGCGGCGUGUGCUUCUCCAGCGACGGCCGCAUGCUGGCCACCUGCUCGGACGACAAGACCAUAAAGAUCUGGUCCGUCCCGACCCAAAAGUUCGCCUUCACGCUCACCGGCCACCAAAACUGGGUGCGCUGCUGCCACAUCUCCCCCGACGGCCGACUGGCGGUGUCGGGCGGCGACGACCGCACCGUCCGCAUCUGGGACCUCAACUCCAAGAAGGUGGUGCGCACCUUUGAAGACCCGGGCACGGGGCUGGUCAACACCGUGUCCUUCCACCCCGACGGCACCUGCCUUGCCUCCGGCUCCACGGAUUCCUCGCUCAAGCUGUGGGACCUGCGCUCCAACGUGCUGCUGCAGCACUACCGCGCGCACACCGCGCCCGUGACGCACCUGUCGUUCCACCCCACCGGCAACUUUCUGCUGAGCUCCUCGCUGGAUACCACACUCAAGGUGUGGGACCUGCGCGAGGGGCAGCUGCUGUACACGCUGCACGGCCACGAGGGCGCCACCAACGGCACCGCGUUCAGCCCGGCAGGGGACUACUUCGCCUCCUGCGGCGCAGACGAGCAGGUCAUGGUAUGGAAGACCAACUUCGACCGCUACCUGGAGGACUACACCGCCUUCAGCGUGCAGAAGGGAGCCGCGCCCCGAGCCGAGCCCCUCAUCAGCGAGCCCGCCGCAGCGCCACCACCACCGCAGCAGCACCAGGCCGCCGGCCAGGCGCCCACUCGCCUCGCGCCCGCCCCGCCCUCGGUCCACGUCCGAGCCCAGCCCACAUCCGCCAUGGGCACUGACCCGUCUGCAGCUGGCGCUGCCGCGGCUGCUGGUGCUGCAGC